GAUCAACAUGUCUGGUGUACAAUACAAAGUUGCUGACAAAGUCUUCCUCGAGAAGCAAAAGGACAUUCUCCGUCUUUUCCAACAUGUGCAUCAGCCAACCUACUUCAAGGAUUUGAUCGAGGUUGCCAAGACCUUCAAGUUCGAAGGACACUGGGAUCAAUGGACUAAGCCUGAAUAUGUCAAGGAGUUCUGGCAAUUCUACCAAGAGGAGGAUUUCUUGAAGCAAGAUGAAAUCUUCUCUGUUUUCCACCCAGAUCACUUGAAGCAAGCUAUCGCUCUCUUCAAGGUGUUCUACUACGCCAAGGAUUUCGCUACUUUCUACAAGAGCGCCGUUUGGGCUCGUCAGCACGUCAACCCCGGCAUGUUCGUAUAUGCUCUUUCCGUUGCUGUCUUCCACUGCAAGCACACUGAGGGAAUCAUUUUGCCACCAAUCUACGAAAUCUUCCCACACUACUUCUUCACCAGCGAAGUCAUAACCAAGGCUAAGCAAUACAAGCAACACUACUGGGGUACCUACAAACACGAAGUAGAACUCAAGGAAAAGUCUGGCUACGCUAUUAACGCCGACUACACCAAGCACACCGAAGAAUGGAUGAGCUACUUCACCGAAGACAUUGGCAUGAACGCUUUCUACUACUACAAGAACAUCUUCAUGCCUUUCUGGUUGGAUCACGAAUGCAUUAGAUUCGAUGCCACCAAACGCGGUGAAUGGUUCCACUAUUACCAUAACCAAAUCUUGGCUCGUUACUACUUGGAGCGUCUCUCCAAUGGUAAGGGUAAAAUCCCAACCAUCAACUACGAGGAACCAACCCAAUUUGAGUACUACCCAGCUCUUUCUUACUUCAAUGGAAAACCAUUCCCAGCCAGGCCAAAGAACGCUAAGCUCAAUCUCGAUGUAGAAGAAACCGACUCUUCCUUGAAACACUUCUCCUACUGCUACACCAAAGUAGAAGAUUACGAAAGACGUAUUCGUGAAGCCAUCGAUAUGGGAUGGGUUUACACUCCAGAAGGCAAGAUCAUCUACUUGUACACUCAAGAAGGUUUCGAGACUCUUGGAAAGAUU